AUGGUUAGCAAGGCGGACGUGAACAUGUUGUGGGAGGUGGCGAAUAACAAGUUGAAGUUUUUGCUGCAGGUGGAGUUGGCGUACUGCGAGAACUUGGAGGUGUUUCCCGAGUUGCAGAAGUUUUUGUUUGUGUUUGCGAGGACGAUGAGGAAGUACGGGUACGACGUGUCUGGUUUGAACGAGUUCGCGAGGGCGUCGUUGCAGGCGCGUUACUUCGAGACGGUUUACACGCACGUGACGAAGCAGGUUGCGUCGCUGAUAGCGGACCCGGCGAUGAUUAGGCCGUUGGUGUUCAGGAGCGAGAGUCAUUACGGACAGGUGUACAAGGACUAUCAGUUGGAGGGGUUUGUGGACGGGAGUCAGAGGAGUUUUUCGUUUGGGAUGUUGGUGCCGAGCGUGAUAUUGACGUUCAAGAAGACGGCGUCGGACCUGUUCGAGAAUUUUUCGGGGAGUUUCGCGGGGGCGGAGUCGGAGUUGGUGGGACAGUUGGGGAACAUUUUGAACGGGAUAGCGAAGGCGUUCGAGAGGGUGGAGCGACAGGCGGACCGGUUGGUGGAGUACGAGGUGCAGAGGUACAUGAAUUUGUACAGCUUGAAGAAGAUGUUGCCUCAGUUUGAGGCGUACGUGAGGCAGUUGGACGCGGAGGUGAGGGUGGAGUUCGACGAGAGGAACAUUGAGGAGAUAAUCAAGAAUUUGGAGAAGAGGAUUUACGAGGCGAAUCGUCAGAGGGUGAGGGAGGAGUUUGGCAGGUUUAUUGCGACGUGUCAGUAUCAGGGGGGGAAGGUGACGGGGCCGCACGCGCACGUGAGGAGGGUGUUGGAGGAGUUGGGGGAGGUGUUUCCGAAGUCGAGUGUUGUACCGGGACACAUGUUGGAGUUGAUAUACAUUAAUCAGUAUUCGCAGGUGGCGGAAGAGAUGAUGAACUUGCUGUUGACGGAGAGGUGCCAGCACUUUGACGCGGCGUUUGUGGAGUCGAUGAGUCGGGACCUGGCGUACAUUAGGGAGGUGGCGAAGAAGGCGCCGAUAGGGAGUUUGUACGAGUACUUCGAGGAGGUGUCGCAGAUAGUGAAGUUGUUGUUGCAGCCGGACCCGCUGGUGUUUUUGAACCCGGAGGUGAGGAUGACGUCGUACUCGAAGGUGCUGAGCGACAAGAAGUUGGUGCAGAUAUUGAAGAAGUACAAGGAGUCGGUGAAGUUUGGGGUGUUUGGGCGGAGCAAGAAGAGGAGGGCGGUGAUCAAGGAGUUGAUUGCGAGGUUGUCGUAG